ACCUUCAGCUCCAUGCUCAGCAUCCGCCGGGCGCUGGGCACGGAACGGGCGCUGCUGGGCCACCUGCGCUCCUACCUGGAGGACGAAGCCAGCCGGCUGCGGGACCUGGACAGGUUCUACCAGAAGAUCCAGGUUUUGCAUCAAGGAUCGAGCGGCACCAUGGCGAACCCGUUGAUGGCGUUUGCCCUGAUCAAGAGAUUGCAGUCGGACUGGAGGAACGUGGUUUACAGCCUGGAAGGAAGUGAGAACAUUCAAGCCCUGAAGGUCAGCUAUCACCGCUUAGAAGACCGUCUACCUCUCUUUGAGGAUCUCGAAGGAGCAGCGAGGGCCCUCAUGCGCCUUCAGGACGUCUACGCUCUGAGCGUCCAAGGGUUGGCCAGAGGCCGAUUUCAGACGGCCAGCGGGGCCCGUCCUGAUCUCUACCGUCCCUGCCAGGAUUUUGUCUUGUCUGCCGAUGACUGUUUCCACAUCGGGAAGGUGGCUUAUGACAAGGAGGAUUAUUACCACUCCAUCCUGUGGAUGGAGGAAGCUGUCCAGCUCUUCCGGAUCUCCUACGGGGACUGGAACACGGAAGAUGAGGGGAGCCUGGAAGAGGCCCUGGACCAUUUGGCCUUCUCCUACUUCAUGGCAGGAAACAUUUCUCACGCCUUAAAGCUAUCCCAGGAAUUUCUUCACUACGAUCCGGGCAACGAGCGGAUGGAGAGGAACAUCUUGAAGUAUGAGAAGCUUUUGAGGAAAGAACAGGAGGAGGGAAAAGGACAAAUCACGCUACAGAGGCCCAACGCGACCCACCUGGAGACGCGAGAUGCUUAUGAGGAGCUCUGCCAGAGGCUGGGGUCUCAGCCAGCCCACCGUCGUCUCUCCUGCUCCUACGAGACCAACCGCAGCCCUUGGCUGAUCCUGCAGCCGCUGAAAAAGGAGUUGUUGCACCCGCGGCCUGAGCUGGCCUUGUAUCACGACUUCCUCAGCUCUUCCGAGGCGGAGAAGAUCAAAGCGCUGGCGGCUCCGGGCCUACAACGUCACGGAAUUGCUCUCGGGCGGAAGCCAUUUUGUGGCUCACUGUCGGACUGCCGCUAUUCCUGGAUCUUUUUCAGCGCCUGGCUGAAGGACAGCCUGGAUCCCGUGGUCAGGGCAUUGGGUCGAAGGGCUGCGGCCCUAACAGGCUUGAAUAUCCAGCACCCUUACGCAGAAUACCUCCAGGUGGUCAACUACGGGCUGGGAGGCCACUACGAGCCCCACUUCGACCAUGCGACGUCGAGGAAAAGCCCCCUGUAUCAGAUGAAAUCAGGAAACCGAAUAGCUACGUUGAUGGUCUACCUGAGUUCGGUAGAAGCUGGAGGAUCCACGGCCUUUAUUUAUGCAAACCUGAGUGUGCCGGUUAUCAAGCCACCCCUUUCCCCCUCCAAAAAAACCAAGAAAUAUUGCAAAAAUCGAAGGAUGGACAAGGCUUGUAAUGUUAUUCUGGCCUCCCUAAAUACAGGAGAAAGAAUGCUGGAUUGA